AUGGAUGGGUUUUACAGUAGUUCUACAAACAGCACUCCAUUGAGCGAGCUACGGAGGCGGCAAGUGGCCUCUUUGUCUGGCCACAACCUACAGUAUCGUCAGAUUGUGCCUGACUCUCAAUUCGAGAUCACCCUUGGGUUAGGAAGUGCUGGUCAGCUUCCUCCGUUUGUCCUGACACUGUUGCUCAUGCCUGCCUUUCCCGACAUUGCUCCUAUUAUGUAUCUGCGACCCUCUUGCACUCAUCCAUGGAUAAACUCUCAAGGCCAAAUUGUUGGCCAUGAUAAACUGGCAAAUUGGAGCCAGCAUGUGUCUCUUGGACGGAUCGUUAAAGAGAUUGAAACAGAAUUCACUGUACAUCCACCUCAGCCAUCAAGCUCAAGCGGCCCCACCCACCCACCUCCGCCUAUACCUUCUACUUCAACUCAGUCACCAGCAUACACUGGAUCUGCUUCUAGCAUGCCAUAUGGAACUGCAAAUAGCAUCAUGGCUCAAAGAUUAGAGUAUAAUUUACCUCCCGCAAACACAAUAUCAUAUUCUGAAAAUAUUUUUCCAUCUCUGGAUGCCAAAUCACUGGAGGAAAUCAACCGACUUCUUGAAGAUGAUUCGUCACUCGAAGACUUUUUUUUGACCAUUUCCCAUGUACGAGAUAUGAAGAAUGUAAAGCAUGAUCUAGUCAAAGGAAAUGCAGAGAUUGCAGAACGAACAUUGUCAAAUGAAGAUGAAGUUCAGGAUCUCAAACGUCGCAUCAAGGCACUUCAAGAGCUACAGGCAUCCCACAGAAAAACACUCGACGAGUUACUAUUGGCCCAACAACAAGAGUUAUUGCGAUUUGGAGGAGAUACUAUUACAAAUACGCUGCGCGAUUUGGUCUCGACCUCUGAAAGCAUGUCAGAGAUGUCAGCUCAAUCGUACUUGGAUGGUAAACUUACCGAAGAAGAGUUUAUUCGUUCGUUUAAAGAGUCUCGUCAGCUGUAUCAUCUUCGGUCGGCAAAGUUAGAGCAUGUUCAGAAUGACCCAUCUGUGCUAUCACCUUCAUAG